GAAAGACGCGCCAUUCAGGGUGGCGUGUGUCCUCGUGCACGGUCGCAGAGUCGGCGCGGAGGACUGAAUCACAUCUAGUUAAUUUACGCUCUCCUCUUAAACAGUCGACUAAUAUUUAUAAUUUCGUUAACAUGUCGGUGGGAGUGGAGUCUGGAUUCUCAAGCGAGGAGGUCUUAAACAGCCGCUUCCCUCUCCAUCGGGCUUGCAGGGAUGGAGACGUCGGUGCCUUGUGCUCCCUCCUUCAGUGCACAUCAAACCCGGCCGACCUCACGGUGGAGGACACUUUCUACGGCUGGACGCCCAUACACUGGGCUGCUCACUUCGGAAAGCUGGAUUGUGUGAUGCGUCUGGUUCAGGUGGGCUGUGGUGUGAACGCUGUAACCUCCAGGUUUGCACAGACGCCCACUCACAUUGCUGCUUUUGGGGGCCACCCUGAGUGUUUGUUAUGGUUGCUUCAAGCUGGUGCAGAUAUUAACAAACAGGACUAUGUGGGCGAGACGCCCAUCCACAAGGCUGCUCGCGCGGGCAGCCUGGAGUGUAUCAACACUCUCUUGAUUCAGGGAGCGAAAGCUGAUAUGAGGAAUGCCAGUGGGCUGACUGCUGCUGACCUGGCCCACGCGCAGGGAUUCCGGGAGUGCGCUGAAAUACUCUCCAAUGCCCAGAACUUCCAACAAAACAUGGCUCAGUCUCAUAACGGGGUUUUUCUGAAUGGCAUGAGCCAGAAUGAGUGCCACACUUACCCCACCAUCCAGGGACGCAGCUUCUUGAAUGGUAUGCCCAACAGAAAAAGGUCUUUCGAAGGCAUGGAAGCAAACCCUGGAAAGAAGGCUAGAACUAACGGUUUUUGCGUGGAACCCAAAUUGCUUAACGGGAAUGGGCCACUAGAUGGAGCUGGAGAUGCGCAGAUGGAGAGCAUGAACAUGGAGCUGGCAGCGACUGUAACCUCAGUGGCAGGUGAAAGACACUGUGAGGACUUUUUCUCAAACGGCCCAACAGCAGAAAUCCUCCUUGACCACCACAUCCACAGCGGCUCACCUGAGAUCAUUAGCACUGGAGGCAGUCAGGUGGAGCACCUUAAGUCUGUGAAAGCGGAGCAGUUCUAUGACCACACCCUCUUCAGCACCAUGCUUCUUUACCAUGGAUCCUAAAAUACAAAAGUGAUCUUCCUGACACCUCUUCCUUUUUGCCUGAAACUCAUCUAAGCCUAAACAAGCAUUCAUUCGCCUUAAAGCCACAGAGUGGUCAUGUUCAUUGAAUUUCUUUGUUAUUAACAACAGAGCCACUGUUCUGGAUGGGUCUGAAACUGCAUUAAUAAAGCAGCGUAAAAAGUGGAA